AUGUAUAAGUUUAAGGAAAUUCAAAUUAAAACCUAUAUAAACAUAACAGGAAAUGAAGAUUUCAACAUUGCUGAUGCAGUAUUCUAUAAGAAAUAUAUAAUUCAAGGUAAUCAUAAAUCUGAUCAAAAGUAUAUUCAAAAUUUAGUUGGAAAUGAUAUUAAAAUGUUUGUAUAUUUUGACCACACAUCAUUACAAAUAACAAACUGCACAUUCUAUCACUUCAAUAACGUUUAUGUAAACCCUGCUGGUGGUUGGACAAAAGGAUAUAAUGCAAUUUUUCCAGGUAGUUCUACUGUUCCUAGAUUUAAUACAAAAAAUGGUCCAGUUAGUCACAAAUUUAACGAAGUCAUCUGUAUAGGAAAUGAUUGGACUAACGUGUUUGCCCACUUUGUUCUUGAUGUAUUAUCACUUGUUGAAUAUGUUCCUGUUGAAAUUCGAAAAAGAUCAAAAUUUUUAUUAUUGAGCAGCUCAAAAGUAUAUCAUGAAAUGCUGAUACAUUUUGAUAUACCGAUGGAAAACAUAAUUUGUCCCGGACAGAGCUUUAUUUUCGCAAAUAAUUUCUAUACUGUAAUCUCUCAGCAAUCAAUUCAUGGAGCUUUGAUAGGCGGACUUCAGAAUGUUGCAGAAAAAUUCAGAAAAGACUUUCAAUUGGAUAAAAUUAAAUCAGAAUAUUUAGGUUUAUAUAAUCGAUUAGAAAGUAAGUCAAGACACAUUCUAGAAUUCCCCAAAUUUGUAGAAGCAUGCAAAGAAAGAUAUAAUUCCACUAUUCCUGUUAAACAACUUGGAGAAUAUACAAAUCUCACAGAAGGCGUAAAAGAAUAUGCAAGCUUAAAGAUAUUUUUAAGUCCUGCAGGCUCCAGUUUAACUAAUAUGAUGUAUAUGAGAAGAAAUAUGGGCGUUGUUAUGGUUCUUUGA